CUCCAUUAGCAUAUGCAAGACUUCAGAGUGUACAAAAACAACUGGGACAGCCCACCAAAGACUGCAGCAAGAUGUCAGCACGAGGUGGAACAGCACCUAUUAUAUGCUCCGCAGCCUCUUGGAGCAAAAACGAGCUUUGGGCAUUUAUGCUGCUGACUUUGAGCUACCUGCUACCUUUACAUCUUCCCAGUGGGACCUGAUUGAAAGCACAACACUACUCCUGGAACCCUUUGAAGAGCUGACUAAAGAAAUAUGCUCAUCAACUGCAUCUGCUGCUGAUGUCAUACCCUCUGUGCUGGUUUUAAAGCGCCUACUUGCCAAAGAUGCUGCAGCAGAUCAUGGUGUGAAGACAACUAAGGCCACAUUGCUGGAAGCUAUCUCCAAAAGAUUUGCUGAUAUCGAAAAGGAACCUCUCUACAGUUUGGCCACCAUCAUAGACCCAAGGUACAAAGACAAAUUCUACUCUGAAGACGCAGUCAAGAUCGAGACACACAGACAGCUUCUUCGUCUGAUCACAAAGGCCUCUCAGAGGGACCCAAACCAAGAAGCUGAAGCCAGCAACACAGGACCACCAGCAGAGAAAGUGCCACGACCAGGAUCCUUUUCUUCCAUGUUCGGUGAAAUCCUGGCAGAAGAAACCCCACGGUAGGCUCACACUGACACUCCAGCAGGACCAGCACCAUCAGAGAUGAUUGUCUAUCUCUCAGAGCCACCCGUCCCUCGGAGUGCAUCACCUUUGGCAUUCUGGAAAACUAAUAAGGAGAGAUUUCCAGACCUUGCUAAAGUAGCUCGAGCCUACCUGUCUGCACCCUGCACAAGUGUAGAGAGUGAGCGAUUAUUCAGUGCUGCAUCCAACAUUGUAGAUGAACACAGGAAUAGACUCAAGACUGAAAAAGCAGAGAUGCUCCUCUUUAUUAAAAAGAAUCUUCCCAUGAUGCUUCUCAACAAGUCAAACACGUCAUAAAUAUUUAGCAUACACAAAUGCUGUUUAACACGUUUCCCUGUUUAAAGCAGUUGCACUUUAAGUUGUGCCAGUUUUCUGUUUCAGGGUCUUUAGGACCAUAUGUAUGUUGUUCGAGUGACAAAUGGGCUAUUUUAUUU